AUGUCCAUUAAAGCAUUCCUAGAGCAAGUCAAACCAUUGGCAGGAAGAUCCCAAAUCCUCAGGUUUGUCACCGGCAACCAGCUGGCCGACAUGGAUUCGGUCGUCAGUGCAAUUGUCUAUGCUUUCUUCUACAACAAGCAUUACCCAGAUCACCAACCAUAUUUGCCAUUGGUUAACAUCCCCAGGGACGAAUUGAAACUCAGAAGAGAUAUUGAGCUUCUUCUUAACUCGCAUGGUAUCACAGACAACAAUUUGUUUUUCGUGGACGAUAUCAAGACGUUGCUGCAUGGUAACUCCAAGAAGCUUGAGCUUAUCUUGGUGGACCACUGCAACUUGCAAGGACAAGAAUUGUUAGACUUGUACAAGGCUAGUCGUGUUAAUGUUACGGGAAUCAUUGAUCAUCACGCCGACGAAGGUGUUUUCCUUAAUGCUGAUCCUAGGAUCAUUCACUCUAAUGGAUCUUGCUCAUCUAUGGUGUUUAACUAUUGGACACAGAAACAAGCUGAUUUGGCUCUGAAUGAGGUUGUUAGACUACUUCUUGGGCCUCUUCUUAUUGACACUACGAACAUGACUCAUAAGGUGGAGGAGGAGGAUGAGAAGGCAUUCGCUGCCUACAAGAAGACACUUGAGGGAGAAGUUCAGGCUUUUGAUGCUAGCAACUCCCCAAUUGAUGAACUCUUUAAGCUGCUUAAAAAAGCUAAGAAGGAUUUAGACGGUUAUUCUUUCUAUGAUAUAUUGAGAAAGGACUAUAAACAAUUUGCAUUCACCAACCCUGGCGGUACGGUGAAUGUGGGCUUCAGCUCGUUAUCCAAGUCUAUCAAAUGGAUCACGAACAAGUACACAGCGGCUGAAAUAACCCAAACACUCGAAGACAUUUCAAAGAACUUUGGUCUUGACAUUGUCAUUAUCACCACUUCAUAUACCAAGAAAGAGAACGAUGAGUAUACCAGAGAGUUUGUUUUCAGUACGCAAGAAAGCAAGUUUCAUAAGUUGGCCAAGUUUGCCGAUUCUUUAGAAUUAAAUGACGAUAUUUAUGGUGGUUCUGCAGUGACAGAAGUGGUUGGCCAGGUUAACGAGAAGCGCCACUUAGAGGCAUUCAACCAGGUGAACAUCAAGGCUUCGAGGAAACAGGUGGUGCCUGCUGUCAAGGACAUUAUUGAGGGAGGCAAGGUGUGA